GGAAAGAAGCGGGAACCUCUGCAAAGCAGACGACAGCAGCAGGACAAGGCCAGCCAUGAUGAGUACUCGGCGCAAGAAGAACGGUGUAAGUGCUUCCAUGACCGCAGAAGACACCCGAAAAACCAGGAACACGCGAGAAAGAUUACGUCACAGAACUGUGAUGCGGCGCCUUGAUGAGCUUGUCUCCCGUGUUCCACUUGACACAGGGAUCUUCAAAACCAGGGCAUCCCAACUUAAGAGGACGAUCGAGUACUUCCACUACCUGGAAGAUACUAUCCAAGCCAUCUGCAAAGAGCGAGACAUUCCCUUGCCACGAGACUACCAGAUGUUCUUGGCAAAUCGAAGUUGCCUGUCGGGAGAAGGCAGCGAGCGUCCCACAACCCGUGCACAAAAGGCGUUUGCUUCUAAAGAACUGCCCCGCACCCAAAUGAAGCCCAGUCACGGUGAAGCGCUUGUCCCGGACCUGGAGUUCCCGCCAGACAUUGACGUCAGCUUCGGGCAAGAGACAGACAAGUGGGAACUUUACGGCAUUUCAAAGGAGGACUGGAUGGCUGCGGGAUCGUCACAGCAGAGCACUCCAGUGUCACCUGACCAAGCAGUUCCGGCAGCGCCAAAUAAGACCUUCGUGGACAUCAUUUACAACAGUGUAACUUCAACGCCCCUGAAGGAAGCGCCUGAAUAUUUUGUCAUCUCUGCCACUGGCGAUGUGACGUCUGUAGGAAAAUUGCCAUGACCGCCUAAACGUCAAUGCACUUGACCAAAUGCCCAGUGAAGUUUGGCAGCCUGCUCUUUAGGAGGCAUCCUGAUUUCACUUCUGUUGUUUGAUUGCCUUAGUUACUAAUGGACAUUUUGAUUGUUUUGAAUAUUUCCUUCGUGGUCUUUGUGAUAAUUUUUGCAUAUCGGUCUUUCUGUUCAUGCUAUGUUUACAAGUGAGCUGUGUUUCUCUUCUAACAGUUUUAAAAUAAGAUCUAGAGCACACCGCUGCUUCGUUCUUAAUCAGAUUUUGUAAGGAGACAUUGCAUUUAUUUCUUGGUCUGCAUCUUUCAUUAGCACACUUGGCCCCAUUUAUUGCCUUAAUUGUCUCAGCUUUUAAUUUCCAACAGGCAAGGAUGUUGAUCUACAUUUAUGCAGCAGCUCCACUUCUGUGAGGCCAAUGUGCAGAUAGGUUGGUUGUUUUGCAUUUUUUAAAAGAAAGCCAAUCAACAAUACCAAGUGCUUUACUGAGUGAUGCGGACCAACAAACGCAAUUGUGUCACAACAUCUGAGUGAAAACAGAGCGUCUACACUUGUAAAAUUGGCUUUUAAGGAUUUUAAAAUAAAAAAAAACAAAGCAGGUCAGUGUAAAGUACAGCUGUAGCUCAUUGCUUAAUGCAGCUUGUGUUUGUAUCUUUACAUUAUUGUACAGUUUAUGGUACUUUCCUUAUCUUUUAAUGUUUGGAUGCAGAGCUUCUAUGAAGAAUAUUUUAUUUUUAAAUUGUUAUAGCCCUUGUUAUAUUUUAACUUUUCUUAUCCUUAGAUUUUGUAGACAUAAAUGUUUCAUGCAGCAAAGCUGGUUGCGUACUACACAAAUAUGCAUUGUCCACUGAUUCACACAUGAUUCAGCGUGUUUAUUGAGUUAUAUAUGUUAUUUAUUCUAUACUGACGUGCUUUCACGUAUUGUACAGAUGCAUUGUGUGUUUGCUGUACUCUUAUAUACCAGCAUCCUUGUUAGAGGAUCGCAGUCUUUUUUCUACUUUCUUUAUGCCUCUAACACACUCAAAUGCAAGAUGCAAACCUGCGAUGUGGUGACUUGUAUAGGGUUUGAUGGCAUGUAUGUGUUUCGUUGUGGCAAGUUUGUUGUCAUUAUCCCAAUGGGACAACUUAUAUUUUAUUCAAGCAUUUGCUGGAAUACCUGUUGUAUAAGCAGGUAAUUGAAAGGUCGCAACUAAUAUAGCCAGGCAUAGCAUAUCAUUACGUGAUUUAGUGUUGAAUAUAUAUUUAUGAUUCCUUUGACGAAUGUUCAUAUAUGCAGCUUGUUGAGUGUGGGCACUUCUGAAGCUGUCCUUUAGUUCUUCAUUGCACAUUCAUUUCUAGCAAUAUUUUACAGUCUUACGAGUAUGUAACUUAUUUAAGCAUUGAAACUUUAUGUAGUACAUGAUAUCCCCAACAAAAGUUUCUUUGUAGCUUUUAGAGUGCACACACUUCUUUAAGCUGUCCUCCUUUAUUUAUUUAUUGCACAUUCAUUUCUAGCAAUAUUUUGCUAUGUUAUAUAUAUGUAAAGUGUAUUUAACUGUAGAAAACUGUAUGUGGUAGAUGGUAUCUCUGACGAAAGUUCCUUUGCAGCUUGUUGAGUGUACACAUUUGUUAUGUUACCCUUUCCUAGUCAAAGCACAUUAUUUCUAGAGCCUUUAAAAGCAUCUCUUUGGUUGCAAGCCAGUAGAAGCCUUUUGUCCAUUCUUUGCAAGCUAAAAGAAAGUGCGGCAUAAAAUGCAGUUCGAGGUGAUGGAUGACGGGGUUUUAUUGCCUUGAAAAAUGUGCCUGUGAUUCGAGAGGUGUUUGACACAAUUACAUGAAAUGUGAAGCAGUUCUCUUCCUGGCAACCAGGCAACUGUUGUACAAGUUAUGUUUCCUCAGUUCCUUGUUGAAAAUAAAUUAUUAAAUGCGCGUUACUAUUUAUAGGCUACUGUAUAAUUUAUUUGUUACGAAUAAAUUCAUACCUACCUCAAGAA